GUUUGCGUGCAACUAAAACCACGUCGGUCCCCGCGAAGCUGCAUAUUUCUUUCGUCCCCAACCUGUCCGUACGGUUGUCAUCUUCUUCCUCCUCCUCCGCCGAUAGGGUUUCUGCCAUGGCGAAUCCUAUGGCGGCGUCCAGGAGAGGGGUUCGCGUGGUGGGGAAUUACUUAAUCGGACCCCAGAUCGGUUCGGGGAUGUUCUCAGUGGUCUGGUUGGCGCGGCACCGCAUGCGGGGGACGGAGGUCGCCGUGAAGGAGAUCGUCGUCGAUCGCCUGAGCGAUAAGCUCAAGGAGAGACUCCUCACCGAGGUCUUCAUCCUCAAGCGCAUCAAGCACCCCAACAUCAUCGCCCUCCGCGAUUUCUUCCAGAUUGGUGAGAGGAUAUAUCUUGUAUUGGAAUACUGCCGUGGCGGUGAUCUAUCGAUGUACAUGCAGCGUCAUGGAAGAGUUUCAGAAGCAAUUGCCAAGCAUUUUUUGCAACAGCUAGCAUCUGGUCUACAGGUGCUUUGUAAACACAAUGUGGUUCAUCGAGAUUUAAAGCCGCAGAAUCUUCUUCUCUUGACAAAGGAGGAAAAACCUGUAUUGAAGAUCGCGGACUUUGGUUUUGCAAGAUCUCUACAGCCAUGUGGUCUUGCUGAAACACUAUGUGGUACACCACUUUAUAUGGCUCCAGAAGUGAUGCAAGUUCAAAAGUAUGAUGCAAAGGCAGAUCUCUGGAGUGUUGGUAUCAUACUAUUUCAACUCGUAACUGGGCAAGCCCCAUUUAAUGGAAGCAAUCAGAUACAGUUGCUGCAGAAUAUUGUUAAGUCAAAUGAGCUACCUUUCCCUCGUGAUAACAAUCUUAGCAACGACUGCAUCGACUUAUGCAAGAAGUUAUUACGACGCAAUCCAGUGGAACGCCUUAUGGUUGAAGAAUUUGCAAACCACAAAUUUCUGUCAGUAAACAAGUCAGAUGGAGAUAUAAGCAGUCAAGUAUCUACCAGCACAAAAGAUGGCCUUACUUUGGUUGAUUGCAGUCCGAUGAGGUCAAUAGGACACAGUUCUCAUAAAGAUACGACAACUUGCUUGUUAGAUAAUGAUUCCAUGCAACGACGAGGAGGCACCCCAAGGCCUUCCUAUGGGAUUCACUCUACCAAAUUACAUUUAACUCCGGCAAGUAGCUUAUUGAAAAAGACGGGUCUUCGUUCUAUGCACAGUUCUAAUGUCUGUAGACCGGAAGCUACAAGCCACCCACUUGAUUCUCUGGACAGAAGUAAAGGGAAGGAGUAUACAACUCCAAAAGAUGGUAUGGCCAUUGAUUGGUUGGAGCGUGUAGAUGAGGAUUUUGUUGUUGUGACUAUGCUACCUCGACAGACAUCUUCAUCAGGUGCCUCUCUGCUAGGUGAUUCUCCAUACAAAUCAGAAAACUCAAGGAAAGCAUCCAGAGAUGUUAGUGUGCUUUCAAUAGAAGGUGUAUCAAGGGAUUCACCUAUAGUGACAGAAAAGGAGUGCAUAUUUAGGGUUGGAACCUUGCAGCAUUGUGCGUCUGCCGUAAAUGAGGUUGUCAAAGAAGAGAUUGAAAGAGAGUUCAUUCAUGAAGUUGGGCGUGCUGAAGAGCUUGCUUCAGAAUUUGUGCAUAUAGCUGAGGCUACUGAUAUGCCGGAUGGGAUUGAGAUAAUAUCUCUGUCUGCGCUUACGUCAGGCAGACUUGGUGCUGUUGAUGAGAUGAUGGGAAAUGAAGAGAGAGCUACGAACCGGUAUUCAAAAGCAGUGGAUUUGUUGCAUUUCCUAUUGGUGGAAGCGCCCUCUCUCGCUCUCAAGCCGCCAUUGACCCUGACAAGUUCACUUCGUCGCCGACUCUGGUCCUACAUUGAUACGCUUAACAUUAAGUGAUUGCAGUUCAAGUCCGAGAGGUCCAAAACUGAUGCUCCCCAAUUGCCCCGCAACCUGUAGAACCUGUACUGCAAUUACAUUAGCCCCAUCCAUCAAUUUGUACAGUUUUUUUUUUUUUUUUUUUGGGUGUGUUUUCUUCUUUUUUGAUCACCGUUGGUUUAGCAUGUGAUAUAGCUAUGGUAUAGUGCCUUUUAGAUUGUUCAUAAUAGGGCAUGAUUUUAUCUAAUAAUAGUAGAGUUGUACAGUAUCACCAUUAUUGCUCGAGGAGGCAAUCUAAACAUAUCCACUUGGCCGAAAGAAAAAGAUUUCUGUGUAAAUCGAGAUUGUUUGUGUUAAAAAAAAAAAUUGAUUCAAAA